GUCAGGCCCCGCCCCUCUAGAACGCGGUAGUCGAAUCAGGUGACUACAGCGGUCCACUGCUCCGCAAUCAGAAGCAGACGGCCGUCUCAGCGCCGUGGAAGCUUCCAAAGCCCAACAUAUAAAGCUGAUGAAAGCAGAGCAGAUCUGGUCAGACCCUGAGACACUGAGUCCAGAACAAUGUUGCUGAAGACAGUGCUCUUGCUGGCCCUGGUGGCCCCGGUGCUUGUGCUGGAGAAUGGGCUCCUUCGGAAGCCGCCCAUGGGCUGGCUGGCCUGGGAACGCUUCCGCUGCAACAUUGACUGUGAUGAGGACCCGAAGAACUGCAUCAGUGAGCGGCUCUUCAUGGAGAUGGCUGACCGGCUGGCACAGGAUGGAUGGCGGGACCUGGGCUACAUAUACCUUAACAUCGAUGACUGCUGGAUUGGCGGGCGUGAUGCCAAAGGCCACCUGCUGCCUGAUCCCAAGCGCUUCCCCAACGGCAUUGCCUUCCUGGCUGACUAUGCUCACUCCCUGGGCCUGAAGCUGGGCAUCUACGAGGACUUGGGAAAUUUCACCUGCAUGGGUUACCCAGGCACCACGCUAGACAAGGUGGUCCAGGACGCUGAAACCUUCGCCAAGUGGAAGGUGGACAUGCUGAAGCUGGAUGGCUGCUUCUCAACCCCCGAAGAACGGGCCAAGGGGUACCCCAAGAUGGCUGCUGCCCUGAAUGCCACAGGCCGGCCCAUUGCCUUCUCCUGCAGCUGGCCAGCCUAUGAAGGGGGCCUCCCCCCCAAGGUGAACUACAGUAUGCUGGCAGACAUCUGCAAUCUCUGGCGCAACUAUGACGACAUCCAGGACUCCUGGAGGAGUGUGCUCUCCAUCCUGGACUGGUUUGUGGACCACCAGGACAUCCUGCAGCCAGUAGCGGGCCCUGGGCACUGGAACGACCCAGACAUGCUACUCAUUGGGAACUAUGGCCUCAGCUUUGAGCAAGCCCAGGCUCAGAUGGCCCUUUGGACAGUGCUGGCAGCCCCCCUCUUCAUGUCCACGGACCUGCGUACCAUCUCUGCCCAGAACAUGGACAUUCUGCAGAAUCCACUCAUGAUAAAAAUCAACCAGGAUCCCUUAGGCAUCCAGGGAUGCAGGAUUCUCAAGCAUGGAACUACAGGCUGGGGAGACCCAGAGCUCAAGAGAGGACUGGGAAGGGGACAUCAGGGCCUGCCUGAGCAGGGACCCCAGCCAGUAUCCAUGUUCUGUGCCCAGGAGAAAUCCCACAUUGAAGUGUUCAUGCGGCCUCUGGCCAAUAAGGCCAGUGCCUUAGUCUUCUUCAGCCGCAGGAUGGAUAUGCCAUAUCGCUACCAUUCUUCCCUCGCCCAGCUCAACUUCACCAGCUCCAACAUGUACGAGGCCCAGAACGUCUACACGGGUGAUAUCAUCAGUGGCCUCCGGGCUGAAACCAACUUCACAGUGGUCAUCAACCCUUCAGGGGUGGUGAUGUGGUACCUGUAUCCUGUGAGGAAGCUGGAGACACCCCAGCAAUGAGGAGCUAGGAUAUGUGAGAGGCUGUGGUGGCAUCACUGAGCCCAGACCGUGGAGCCUUGGCAUGCUGAGGGCCAGUAGGUGGGGUUUUCUGCUACACAGGCCCACUCGUCGACCUGACCUCAUUAGACCCAAAGUGCAAUCUCAGGACCAGGUUCCACGCCCUGCCCAAGUGUGAACCCUCUUGGAAACUUGUCUUGGGGCAAUUUCCUGUGGCCUUCCUGGCCUCUACCUCCACUGCACAGCUCCACAGAUGUUGCUGAACAACUCAGCCAGCUUCCUGAGAACCGACAGGCAGGGGCACUGAUACCCAUCAGGACUCCAGCCUCUGACCUUCUUUUUGUUGACUCUGAAAUCAGGAUUUGGAAUUUUUCUUAUAAUUAGGAGUGGAGAUCUCACCUCUUAUCAGGAACUUCCAUGAAUCGUGUGAUUGGCUUUCCUGCCUGGAGAAGGCCUUGAAGGCUAACACCACCUGAGAGUGAUCUUGGCUCCCUCAGGUCACCAAUAAAGCUGUUCUUUAGUCAA